CUGAGAGAGGAGCGCUCAGGAGGAGAGUGUUUGAGAAACCAGCAACACGCCGCUGUUGUUUUCCUCUAAAAAGCGAAGUGUCAGGAGCUGCUUUUCCUUUUGCCAGCAAUGGUCCUCAGUCCUGUUUACUUCACUCUCUCCCUCUCUCUCUGUGUAGCCUGUCUGUCCGAUGACUUCUCUCAUUCACACACUUAAAUCUUACUACAGCUGGUUGACUGAGUGCGCUGACACUGGGACCACUACCUGCUGCCUGGGGGAUUAAGCGCACGAUGAAUACCCGGAGCCUAAUUUGUUGUUUUGGCUGCCAGUGAGUGCUGGAUCCCCACAGAGGAAGAGCUGGUGCAUAAAUCCUUGCAACCAGGAAACCUAGAGCACUUCUGGACGCCGGCAAUGUGGUGGAAAAGGGACUGGAUGCCUGUGGAAGCGUAAAAAGACAAACCAGAGAAAGAGAGAAAAAACUGGACAAGUUCUUUCCUGGAAGGCAAAAAAAAUAAAAGAGGUUGAAGCAACCCAGAGUCUUACGAGGAUCAAGACGCAAUGAGAACCCUUUCCUCUCAUUAUGUGGUUGGAGUUCUCUGCGAGGGUGCUGACACGAGGGAUGAAAGCCCAACAAAUCUCCGCCUCGAGCUCCUUGGUUGAUUUGUGAUCACCCACAGGCUUUUCUCUCCAUGAGUUUAUGCUUUUAGAUUCUGCUCAUCUGUAGCUGCUUGGAAAAGGAAGACGGCUGUGAACUGACAGGUCUAGUGGGGAUUGCGAUCAUUCCUGUAUCCAACUUUCCCCCCCUCUCUGACACUUCUUCUGCCCUGCUUUCAGCCACAGUGCACCAGCAGGGUGGUGGGGGGGGGGUGCAUAUGCUCACCAACUCCAUGACAGUGGCCAGGAAUAAAGGUUAUUGAACCGAGGAGGCGUGGCAAGGCACGCUAGGGGAGAAGGGAAGGAAGAUCAAACCCUCUCUGCGUACCCCGGAGCAUAUGGUUUAGCGAAGGGAGAGCCAGCUGCCUUCCAGCCAUCAGGCUAAUCACGCUACAGCCGAUACAAGUUGCUCCAGUGACGGUGUCAGGUUUGGACGGAUCUUACGCGCCGUGGUCAUAUAUCUCUUCACUUUGACAGCAGCUCCCGGACCAUAAACUAAAAGCACCAGACCAGUGGAUACAAAGAAGCAGUUGUGUUGAGUUAGUAGCACAUCGGGUAAAUCAUUGCUCAGGAGAGAAGCUAAUCCCUGCUGACCCAAAGGCAAAAGCCACAGGGAGGCUGAAAAGAUGCUCGGCUGUCCCUUCUUCGGAAAUACUUGUGACACGUGUUGUUUGUGAGCACCAGACCUUGGCUUGGUUUAUAGAGGCUUUUGACAAGGAAAGGAGGGGAGUGGGGGGUUCUCUAGGAGCCUGCAUCUCCGGACCCCUUCCACAUCCAUUUAAUUACCAGCCAGGGUCAGUCGCACCAAAGGAGAUCGCUGCUCUUGUGGAUUUACUGUCGCUCUGCUUGGAAGUUUUCUGUGUGGAUAUUUGACUGUCCAAAAUCCCCCCCACAUCCUAAUGCACUAAUUACCGGCUUAAGUGCAUCUUACACAGAUUCACAUGUGAAAACCCGCACCAGCACACAUUAACAAAACACAUUACCACCACCCACUUAAAUCCACACACAUGUUUGCACUGUAAGUAUAAACCACUUUACAACACGCACACACAUUCUUGCACACUCACAGCCCAUUAGUUUUUGGUUUUUUUCCCCCGACGGGCACGGCAGAAUGGAGGUCGUGUGGACAGGUGGGGGGCUGUAGGAGUCCCUGUCCCCCCUCGCUGUCCUCUCUCACCAAAUGGAUGUUAUUACCUCAAAAAAUGUGUUGCUUGGAAACCACUGAAAACGUCCUGCUGCGAUUUUCCGAAAGAAGAAGUCACCGGGUCCCCGCCACGGUGCCCCGCUGGAACCACAGCUGAAACACCGUCCCAUUACGCAUCUUUUUUUGCUUUUUGCUUUAUCUUCAUCUUCAUCCUCUGCCCUCACCCCACCGCCAUCAUUUUUUCCAACGGGUCUUUGGGCAGCGCUCGCCGCCCUCCUCGGCCCGUCAUCUCCUCCACCCUGGAGGGGAGGGGGUCGUUGGAGUGGAGCAUGAGUGGGUGCCACUAUCCCUCGCCAACACCACCAGAGCAGGAACGAAGGUACCAGCACAAGGUGUCUCUGGUGGUGCGCUACUUCAUGAUCCCCUGCAACAUCUGUCUGAUCCUGCUGGCAACGUCCACACUGGGCUUCGCGGUGCUCCUGUUCCUCAACAACUACAAACCUCCUCACUUCACUCCGGCGCAGCCUCCUGAUGGCUGCAGAGGGAUGCUGUGUGGAUUCGGAGCUGUAUGUGAGCGCGACCCGACAGACCCGACCAAGGCGGAGUGUGUUUGCAAGAGAGUGGAGUGUCCGUCCUUUGUGGCUCCUGUUUGCGGCUCGGACUCAUCCACCUACUCCAAUGAGUGCGAGCUGGAGAAAGCUCAGUGCCACGCACAGAGACGCAUCAAGGUGCUGCGCAAGGGACCCUGCUUUCUGAAGGACCCCUGCGCCGACGUGGCCUGCAGUUACGGCAGCACCUGCGUCCAGUCCUCAGACGGCCUGUCGGCUAAAUGCAUGUGUCCCCUCGGCUGUGAGGGCAAACCCAAGCAGACGGUGUGCGGCAGUGACGGGAAGGACUACCCCAACGAGUGUGAGCUUCAUCAGCACGCCUGCAAGAACCAGAAGAACAUCCGGGUGCAAUAUCCGGGCCCAUGCGACCCGUGUAAAGACAGUGAAAACAGUGUGAACACCAUGUGCCGGGUGGAGGCUCUCACCCGCCAGCCCCUCAUGUUUGGCCUGCCGGAGUCGUGCCCCCCAGCUAAUGAGCCUCUGUGUGCCAGCGAUGGACGGACCUACUCCAGCGAGUGUGCCAUGACAUCUUCGGGCAUGCAGAAAGGCGUGAAACUCAGGAAGAUCUACGCAGGACGAUGCGGGAGGCUGGAGGACUGUAAGGAGGAGUGUCUCUUUAACGCAGUGUGUCUGGUGGAGCAGCUGAACGCCCGCUGCUCCUGUGAUCCUAUCGCGUGUGACGACACCUACAGGCCCGUGUGCGGCAAGGAUGGCCACACCUACAUCAACGACUGUGUACAGCGCCAGGCGGAGUGUGUGAGCAGGACCCUGAUCCCCAUCAAGCACCAAGGGCCCUGUGAUCUCAACGUACCGAGCCCCUGUUUGGAUAAGGAGUGCGAUCACGGUGCAGUGUGCGUGGUCAAGAACAACGAGCCGGUGUGCGAGUGCCCCGAGGCCUGCCCGCAAACGUCUGACCCCGUGUGCGGAUCCGAUGGCCACAGCUAUGGCAGCCCCUGCGAGAUGAGGGCGAUGGGUUGUGCCCUGCAGAGAGCCAUUCAAAUCCAACACAAAGGACCCUGUGAUGAAGCUUGUGCCAACUGCUCAUUCGGUGCAAUCUGCGAUGCCCAGAGCGGGAUGUGUGUGUGUCCAUCGGAGUGUGUGAACUCCCACCAGCCUGUGUGCGGCAGCGAUGGCAUCACCUACCAGAGCGAGUGCGACCUGCACGUUCAGGCCUGCAAUGAACAGACGGACAUCCGAGUGGUCAGCCAGGGAGAGUGCAAGACAUGCGGCAACACAGUUUGUGCCUGGGGAGCCCGGUGUGUCCAGAAUAAGUGUGAGUGCCCACUGUGCCCAGGCGAGGCCUUCUCAGCGGUGUGCGGAAGCGAUGGCACCACCUACAACAGCGAGUGCGAGCUCCGUCUGUCGUCCUGCAUGCAGAAGAGGAGGAUUGAUGUGGCCAAGCCCGGCAGCUGUGAUGAAGACUGCGGCUCAGGGGGGUCAGGCUCGGGCUUGGAGAGCUGCGAACAGGACCGCUGUCGCACGUUUGGAGGCUCGUGGGACGAGGACGCCGAGGACGAUCGAUGCGUCUGUGACUUCAGCUGCCGGACUGUGCUGCCCAACUUGGUUUGUGCCUCAGACGGAAAAACCUACGACAAUGAGUGUGAGCUGAAGAAGGCCAGAUGUGAGAAACAAGAGCACGUGUUGAUCCUGAAUCAGGGACCCUGUGCAGUGAUUGCACACACAUCUCUUCCUGAGCUGACAGAACCCCAGCACUGCAGUCUGUCUAUAUACGGCUGCUGCCUCGACAACUCGACGACCGCUUUGGGAGUCGGACUGGCCGGAUGUCCCAGUACCUGUCAGUGUAACGUCCACGGCUCCUACAAAGAAACAUGUGAUCCAGCCAGCGGUCAGUGCUCCUGUAAGCCGGGCGUCGGGGGGCAGAAAUGUGACCGCUGCGAGCCGGGCUUCUGGAACUUCCGUGGCAUUGUGACCGAGAACAUGAGCGGCUGCACACCAUGUACCUGCGACGCUACAGGCUCGGUCCGAGACGACUGCGAGCAGAUGUCCGGUCUGUGUUCCUGCAAGACGGGGGUGAAGGGCAUGAAGUGUAACGUGUGUCCAGAUGGAAGCAAGAUGGGCAUGAACGGCUGUGACCAAGGUCCCGAGGCUCCCACUUCAUGUGAAGAGUUGGUGUGCAAUUUUGGAUCUUCCUGCAUCGAAUUGAACGGCCAGGCUCACUGCGAGUGUCCGUCACCUGACUGCGAUGAGAAAGACAAAACCAAGGUGUGCGGCUCAGACGGGGUGACCUACGCCGACCAGUGCCAGCUGAGGACCAUCGCCUGUAGGCAGGACAAGGACAUCACGGUGCAACACUUUGGACAGUGCACAGAAAUCAUCUCAGAGCCAGCCGACAGACCCACCCCCAACCCCCCCGCCACCACCGCUGCCGCCACCAUCACCACCCCUGCCCCCUUCCACCACAACCAGGUGUGGGCCAUCCCGCCCCCGAGGAGGGCUGAGCCAGAGACAACAGAGCAGCCCCCAGCCAGAACCCCCCCUUCCACCCUCACCCACAACCGAGCAAACCACCCCAUCCACAUCCAGCCGCCGCAGUCCACCACCACCUCCACCACCUCCUCUCAUCGCAGCACCCCUUCUCCCAUCAAUGCCGCCAGCUCCUUUGAGGGCUCGGGCAGCGGAGAGCCGAGCGGGGAUGACCAGACUGAGGAAGAGGAGGAGCCAGAAGAGGAAGCAGGUAGCGGGGUCCCAACGGAGGCCAGUGGGGCAGAGGAGCCUGUCGGUCCCACAGUGGCCAGCACCACUGUACCCACGGCUGAGGAGCGGUCAUCUUGUGACAACACAGAGUACGGCUGCUGCCCCGACGGAAAGACGCCAUCCAGCACUCCAGAGGGCACCAACUGCCCCUCUACCAUGAGGUUCAGCGGCAUCCUGCACCUAGACCAGGUGGAGGGACAGGAGAUUUUCUACACGCCGGAGAUGGAGGACCCCAAGUCGGAGCUGUUUGGAGAGACGGCCCGCAGCAUCGAGAGCGCUCUCAAUGAGUUGUUCAGGAAGUCGGAGGUGCGCAAAGACUUCAUGAGCGUUCGUGUACGCAACCUGGCACCCAGCAAUUCCAUCCUCGCCUUUGUGGAGGCCCACUUCAAACCAGAUACAAAGAACACAGUGGAGGACAUCGAAGGAGCCCUGCGCAAACAGCUGAAGGCCUCCAAAGACACCAGCAUCGCCGUGAAGAAGCCGGAGGACGAGAAUAUUCGCUUCACCAAUUAUGGCCUCUCCUCCAUCCCCUUCUUCACCACCACUACCACCACCACCACAGCAUCAGUCACCACAGCUGCUCCCACCACCGCAGCUCCGACCACCACCACCACCACCAAACCCCCACCGACCACCGCUUACUUCACCCGCCGCCCUCACAGCAGCAGACGCACCACCACGACCUCGGCGCCGGUCACAACGCAGCGACCCACAGCCGCGAAGACGGAAGCCGUCACCAUGACCACGCCGCAUCCACCCACCACCAUCUCCCACAUCAGGGGCAGGCCCCACCACAAGCCCCAGAAGCCAUGCAGCUCCCACCCCUGCCUCCACGGGGGGACCUGCGAGGACGAAGGCAACGACUUCAGCUGCAAGUGUCCUGCAGGGCGAGGAGGCGCUGUGUGUGAAAAGGCGAUCCAUUACUUCAUCCCAUCAUUCGGAGGCCAAUCGUACCUGGCGUUCCAAACAAUGACCGCCUAUCACACGGUCCGCAUCGCCAUGGAGUUCAGAGCCUCCGAGAUGACCGCCAUUCUGCUCUACAACGGCCAGGAAGGAAAGAAGGACUUCAUCUCUCUUGCUCUGGUCAACGGCAAAGUAGAGCUCAAGUUCAACACAGGGUCAGGCACAGGCACGCUGGUCAGCAAAGUGGAGAUCACUCAGGGCCGCUGGCAUCAGCUGGUGGUGACUCGGAACCGGCGCAACGCCAUGCUGAGCGUGGACAACGAAGAGCACAUCGAGGGCGAGAGUCCACGUGGCACAGAUGGCCUCAACCUGGACACCCACCUGAUGAUUGGAGGAGUGACGGAGGAAAUGAAGGCUGAUGUGAGGGAGAGGACAGGAGUGUCGGCUGGUCUGGUCGGCUGCAUCCGUCUCCUCGAUGUCAACAACCGCGUGCUCAACCUGCAGGAGAGGGGCGGAGACAGCCUGUACGGCAGCGGCGUAGGUGAAUGCGGUAACGACCCCUGCCAGCCCAAUCCCUGCAAGAACGGCGCGGCGUGCCAGGUGAAAGAGGCGGAGAUGUUCCACUGCAAGUGCAGCAAAGGAUUCUGGGGUCCAACGUGCGCUGACGUUCACGACCCAUGUGAGCCCAACAGGUGCCAUCCAUCCUCCCAGUGUCAGGCGCUGCCCGAGGGAGGCUACAAAUGCGAGUGCCCCAUGGGACGUGAAGGCAAGCACUGCGAGAAAGUGGCUGAGAGGAGAGGGGCUUACUUGCCGCUUUUCGACGGAGACUCUUACCUGGAGCUGAAGGGGCUCCAUCUGUACGGCCAUGACCUGCGUCAAAAGCUGAGCAUGACGGUGAUCCUCAUGGCCAACGACUCCAACGGUUUGAUCUUCUACAACGGCCAGAAAUCAGAUGGGAAAGGAGACUUCAUCUCGCUCUCCCUCAAUGAGGGGAUCCUGGAGUUCCGCUACGACCUGGGGAAGGGACCUGCUACCAUCAGGAGUAAGGACCCAAUCCAGCUCAACGUGUGGAACACCAUCAACCUGGAGCGCUCCAACCGCAAAGGAGAGAUCAUGGUGAACAAAAAGGACCCGGUCCGAGGAGAGGCACCGAAAUCACGAAAGAACCUGCACGUAGAUCUUAACCUGAAAGAGUCUCUGUUUGUCGGUGGAGCUCCUGAUUACAGCCGACUGGCAAGAAGCGCCGCUCUCACAGAGGGAUUCAAGGGAACCGUCCAGAAGAUCAUCCUGAUGGGCACCCCCAUCCUCCGAGAGGAGAACGCCCAGCGCUCCAGCAACGUAGCCAUGUUCCAGGAGCAUCCGUGCUCCCAGGAGCCCUGCCACAACGGCGGCCGCUGCAACCCCCAGCUGGACACCUACGAGUGUGUGUGCCUGAGUGGCUUCUCGGGGGGACGCUGUCAGAACACCAUUUAUGAGAAGUCUGCAGGCGACACCGAAGCCAUCGCCUUUGACGGGCGGACGUUCAUCGAGUACCACAACGCCGUUACAAAGAGCCAACUGACCAAUGAGAUCCCGGAUCCUGAGUCUCUGGAGAACCCAUCUGACCAAAGUGAGAAAGCUCUCCUGGUGAACAAGUUCGAGCUGAGCAUCCGCACAGAGGCAACACAGGGUCUGGUGCUGUGGAGCGGGAAGGGCGUGGAGCGAUCCGACUACAUCGCCCUGGCCAUCGUGGACGGACACGUCCAGAUGACGUACGACUUGGGCUCCAAGCCCGUGGUGCUGCGCUCCUCGGUGCGCGUCAACACCAACCGCUGGAUACGCAUCAAGGCCAGCAGAGCACUCAGAGACGGCUCUCUACAGGUCGGCAACGAGGCGGCGGUAACAGGGUCAUCACCUUUGGCAGCUACACAGCUGGACACAGACGGAGCGCUCUGGUUGGGUGGUCUAGAGGAGCUGGCAGUGACUCGUCGGUUGCCCAAGGCCUACAGCACCGGCUUCAUUGGCUGCAUCAAGGACGUGAUGGUGGACGGCUUGGAUCUCCACCUGGUGGAGGACGCCUUAAACAGCCCCCAAAUACUACAAUGUUCUGCCGCCAAAUAACCGGGCAGAGACGAAAUAUAUUGAGAAAAUCGUUUAAAAAAAUAAAAAACCUCCCCACCCGCUCCCUCCAUAGCGCCCAUGUCUCCUGCUGUAAUUAUUUUCUAUUUUUGUAUACUUUUCAUCGCUUUUUAUAUGGAAAGAAAAUUAAUAUGUCAUUUUUGUUUAUAUAUGUUUUGGGUUUUUUUUCUUCUGCACCUCCAUUCACAGAACACGUUUUUCUUUUUCUUUACUGCUCUGGCCCCUUCAUCUUUUUUUAUCAGCGCAGGCAUCUCUGUGAAAAAGAGAGAUUUUAUUCUGGCCACUUUUGUUGUUUUAGAACAAAUGCCAACUUUAAAAAAAAAAAAAAAAAAAGAAAGCCUGCUCCUUUUUUUUCUCACUCAUUACUUGAACACUGGUGGACGUCGCAGAUGAUCUCUGGUGACUGCCUUGUCUUGGUGCCAUAUCCAUCGUCCACAUUCCCCAAGCAUGGCCUAUACAUCCAUGAAUAUGUAGACAUACAUUCCCCUGAGAGAGCUGGACUCAGUGUAGUCUGGUGUGUGCAAGUCUUUGAUGCUGCAGCCAGCUGGUGUCUCCAGUUAAAAGAAAAAAAGACUCCGUAUUCAUCCUCUGUAGCCCUCUGUAUUUUCCUAAUGGGACUUUUCUGAUAUCAGUCAAGCUGCUACAGUGAGAAAGUACACAUUCAUAACCACUCGAUCAACCCCCAUCUCACAGCGCCCCAAAAAAAACAGUCAAGACUCUCCUCUCAAUCUGAAUCCCAUCAGAGCCUUUAGUUUUGAAAUAUGACUCACUAACACUGCAAGCCGACACGAUGGAGACGGAGAGAGCGCUGCAUUCCUCGAUGACUCGCAUAUCAUUAGUCAUAAGUCAAGACAUGAAUCAUAGACAUCAAUAAAUGUUAUAAAUAUAGAGUAUAUAAAUAAUACCUGAGACUGUGAAUAUGUACGAUGGGUUCUCUUUGGAGAAUUGUGCUUCUCAUGUACUAUUGUGCGUUCUGUUUUACAAUCAGCAGAUGAACUAAUGAUGACCACUAUAAAUGCAUGCACUUCUGCAGUGUUGGUUUGAAUCUGGUUUUUAUUUGUUUGUUUUUAUAUUCACUUUUUGUUUCUUUCUUAUCCGGGGGAAAUGUCACAGUUUGGGGGUUUGCUUGUUUUUCUGCAAUGACUUUGAAAAAGGUUCCCUUUCUUCUCUUAUUUCCACUGAUGUGAUUUCACAAACUACAAAGUUAUGUUUUCUGUUCGCUCAUUCCCUGUAUCUACUUAUGACGUUUUUGUUUAUUUUUGUUUUGGGAGCAGUUAGUUUUGCGGGACUUUGAAUGGUGCAUCCGGGGAAGAGUUGUUACCAUAUUUGACCUUAAGGAGGUGCUGAAAGCAAAGACUGAAGAAAAGGACAGACAGAAAAGGAUGCGCCGAGGAGAACUACUCUUGGGAACAUCCUGUCAGAGAACAGUGGACACAAACACACACAAAACAAAAAAGCUUCAAAAAAAACUCUGCCUGAGACUUCAUUUCUUUUCUUAUUUGACCUCGGAGCAUUCCUGGAGGAGUCUUUAUUCGGCUGUUUCUGAGAGAGAGACUGUGAUGUUGUUGUGACCUUCUGAAGCCAUAGCAGCUGCAAAAAUGGGAAAAAAAAGAUGCAUAAUCCUACAGUACUUGCAAAUUAACAUAGCAACGCAUGGGUUUGUAUUACUAGUGCAAAUUCUGUAACUUUCAGUGAACAGAUGCAACUUGGAGUCGUUGCUGCUGGACCACAAAAAGCUGCGGUGACUGACUAAAAGACUCUUGUUUUGAUAUGAGAAACUUGGCAAUAUCUUAAGACAAAAUCAUGCUUGUUCGUGGUCGAGUAUCAAAUGGUCUCGUACUUUUUUUUUCUUUUCUCUCUUUAAGUUGUUUAAUUAUGUUUUCCUUCUUCAAUCAUCAGACAACCUGUUUUUGUACAGCCCUGCAAUUUUUAAGUGUAAAUUUAGCAAAUGUGUGAUCUGUGGAGGUUUAUGUUUUUAGUAAUAUACACUGGAGCCGUGUCCGACGUGUCUGUUUGCCCACACGAUGAUAUACUCAUGUACAUGGGGGAGGGACUGUGUGGGAUGAUGCUCUGAGUGUCCACACCACAUCGAGCAACACUUCUCUGGUGUCCCAGUACACGUUUCAAUUCCACUACUUACUCUCUUAUUAACCUCCGAAUGGUCUUAUCUACCACACUGUUCUUUCUUCAAUUGGAGCAUUCAGGUGGUAACACUUAAUAAAGGAGAGUUUCCUGUGUAUUUGUGAGGACUUUAGACCAAUAAGGACAGUUGCAGUCUGGUCUGGUUUGAGUGGAAACUUUGAAUUGCCUUAAAAACUCAUCACCUGGACUCUUAGCAGGUGACAAAGACGUCAUCCAUAUAACUGUUUCCUUACUUUAGCCAGUGUAUUAGCCUCAUCCCCAUAAUGUAAAAAUGAGUAAUGCAUAAUAACGAUGAUAAUUAUAUUAGUAAUAAUGCUCAUACACACAUUUAAAAAAAAUCCCAGGGGGGGCCUCUGCAAAUAACCUCCCCAGGCUUUUGACAAAAAACCUAUUUACUGUUUUAUGACUCUAUUUUCUGUUCCUUAUUUAUGUGGUUUACCCUCCAUGUCUGGCCUCUGUAAACUACUGUCUGACUGCGGAAAAAAGAACCCUCCUCAAACGGCAGUGCACCGAGUACGAGUGGCAUGACCUGAGCAUUACUAACUUUAUGACCUUUGUCUUGUGUUCCUACCACCAUGAAAUAAAAUGUCAACCAAAUGGA